AUGAUGUUUGGUAGCGAUAAUAAUUCACUAUCGAAGAAAAUCAAUGCCCAACAACAGAGAAAAGUUAGGAAAUGGGGCAGAGGAGCUGGACCUAUUCCAGUUACAAAUGAUCAAGAAUAUUUGGAUGAAUUAGCACAACAAGCAAAGGAAAAGCGGAAGCAACAAGAGGAGGAUGCAAGAAGAGAUAAGGAGGAAAUUUUCCAACACUAUAAGAAUUAUUCUUUAGGUACAUCGGAAAGGUCGAAGGAUUUAUGGAACGAGGAAGAUGAAGCGGAAUUGUACAAAGAACCAACCCAUACAGCUGUAAAUACAAACACAAUACGUGAGGAUUUAUUUGGAGGAAAAACUAAUGAGGCUCAAGAAUCAUAUAGUUUUAACAGGCAUAGACCAAGACGUUUGGAACAAUUAAAUAAUAAGAAUAUUAUUGAGGAGGAUGGUAUGUCUCAACUCUCGAGUAAACUUUCACAAGGAUCUCAACCAAAAGGAAAAAGAGAGGAAGCUUAUGAAAAGAAGAAAAUGAUGAGAAUGAUGAAGAAGAAUGGAGAUGUUGGCUUGUUUGAUGAUGACGUUAGUUCAACAUCUUCCAAUCAACAACAACAAAAUUUAUUUGGAUCUGAACCUAGAUCUAAAAGUACUCCUAAAAACAUUAGUCAACGAGAUUUAGUUUACGAACAAAAAAGACAGGCAUUACGAGAGAAAAACCCAAUAAUUCAAAGAAGAAAGCCUCAGGAAAUUACCAAUGAUCCCGAGUCAGAUUAUGAGAAUGACCAAAUGAAAUAUGUGGAUAAUAAUAAGCCUAACUAUGCUAAACCAACGAGGAAAAAGAAUCAAGAUAUUACUCAUGACCCUGAAUCAGAUUAUGAACACGAACAAGAAAAAUAUACAGAGCAAAACAGAAAUCAAAUUCAAGGAAAACCAAGACCUUUAAGGAUAAAGAAGAAUGAAGUAACUCACGAUCCUGAAUCUGAUUAUGAAAACGAACAAGAUAAGUAUCAAUUCCAAGGAGGAUCUCAUAUGGAUCCAAAAAGACUCUCAAGAAAUGGAGGAAUAUCUCAUUCCCAACCAGCAAGCACAGUCGUAACACCAAAAAAUGAAUCAAAAAGGGCUAAUUCGAAUAACACUAGUAGAGAUUAUGAUUUUGCAUCUAAGGGUGGUAACAUUUUUGAUAAAAUGGGAUCAAAUGAUCCUCCAAUUCCAAGAAGGAGAGGACUCAAUAGGCUUUAUAAUGAUUACCCACCUUCCCCUAGUAACAAUAGUCAAGUUUCUCAAAACUCAACACCAUUCCAACAAUUACCUCCCCAAUCACAGAGCGGAUAUAACAAUAAUGCUUUACAAACACCUAGGUCCUAUGAUGAUAAUUACCAUCGAUCGGUAUCGAAUAAUAGCUCUAGACACCAAACUGCUGUUGCUAAAAGUCCAGAAAAUGAUUUUUAUAUUGGAUCUUCAUCAAACUCUACCUAUAGCAGCUCUCCUAUUUCACACACCAGAAAACAAGUGUUUAAAAGUGAGCUGUAUGGAAAAGAUGAGAAUUCAAAGAAACAGCAGCAACAAGCUGAAUAUAGAAUGCAACUAAUGCAACAAAUGGAACAACGAGGAAAUUCAAAUAGUAAAAAGAAAGAGUUUCAAGAGGAUGUCUUGCUGCCGUCUCAAAAAUCACAAGAAGAUGAAAUGAGAUCUCCCUCAUCAAAAUUCUCCAAUCAACAUUUCCACCAAUUAGAAAGUAAUCUUCCUUUUGGUUCUGGUGAUGGAAAACCAAUAUCUCCAAAUAAGCCUGCUUCAGCCAUAUCAAACAUUGGUAGUACAGAUGUAUCUAAGCAAAAGCUACAAAAACAGAUGGAAUACCAAGCAGAGCUUCAAAAACAGUUAGAAGCAAAGAAAAGGGCUGAAGAGGAAAGAAAGAGAAAAGAAGAGGAAAUGGAUAGAAAAAUUGAAGAAAAUAUCAGGAUUAAUGCAGAAAAAGAAAGAUUGCAAGUGGAAAAGGAGCGAAGAGAGAAAGAGUCAAAAAAUAAUCCUCCAGUUGCUGUAGGUGAUGUGACGUCCAAUAGAAGUGCAGUAAUAGAUCCAGUACCAAUGCCGAUUGUACCAGAUGUUAAAAAUGAUUUAUUUGGAAACCCAUCUGAAGCCAGAAGAUCCAGAAGACAAAGGGAUACAAUUGUUAUAGAAGAUAGUGUCCCUCCACCACUCAAUCCAGUUGAGGUGAAUUCUGCAAUAGCUGAACCUCCCCUUCCAAACAUGCCUAAUUUAAAUAAUUUCAAUAACCAUAUGGGAGGUGGUAUGCUUCCUAAUAUCUACCAAAGUCCUCAGAUGAGUCAAAUGCAAAUGAUGGAUAAUAGCAAUCCUAUGGUAGCUCAAAUGAUGAAUCAGAUGAAACAAACAGAUAUGAUGUUUCAAUAUCAAAUGGCAAAUAUGCAAUCUAUGAUAGAUGCAAGGUUAGAUAAGAAUCUCAUUUCCUAUUUAUUGACUCAAUUAAUGCAACAAAAUAAUGGCAUGGUUCCUCCUCAACAAGCUCAAUUUCAACAGUUUCAACAAACACCACAACUACACCCUCAGGUUCCUUCCCUUAAUAUUUCGAGUAAUUCACAGGAAGAUGAUAAACCAGAGCCUGUGAGUGCAAGAUCAAGAAGCCUCUCAAACCCAGUAAAACCUGUUACUCUUGAAAAAGAAGUUUCAAUCGAAGAAAGACCUAUUCGAAGAAAACCAAAGAAAGUUGAGCAAGAAGAACGUUCAGAUCAUGAUGAGGCUGUCAUUCCAAAGAAAGAACCAGAAGCUGCUCCAAUAAGAAGAAGGAGGAAGCUGAAGCCUUCGCUAGAGGAAGAAUUUGAAGAACCAAAAUCAUCCAGCAGAUCUAAUCAAGAAGAAGGACCUCCUUCUGCUUCUAAGAAGAGCAAGAGGGUUUUUAAGAUUGGAGGUCAAAAAAACGCUGAAGAGGACUCUAACCACAAUGAGGAACAAGAAGUUGCAGCUCAACCUAAGAUGCCAAAACCUGGACCUAGAUCAAGACGUGUUUUUUCAGUUGGAAAAGGAAAUGCGAAUAAUGAAAGUUCUCCAAUCCAUAGUCAACCACUUUCUGAUGAGGAAUAUAGAAACUUAGAUUCUGAUUAA